AUUUACAAAGCAUUGUUUUAUUUUACCUUAUCAAUUACGACUAUUAUGAUUUCAUAACAAAUUAAUUAAGUAACUUAAUAAUAGCAUAUUAUCAAGAUGGAUUAGAAUUAACCUAAAAAAGCAAUAAAGAGAGCAUAUUGUAGAAAAGGGAGGCCUCCUAUGGUAUUUAGAUCAGAAAGUGAAAAAAUGAGAUAAUUGUUAUAAAUUAUAGAUGAGAAUAAUAGAAUAGAAAACUUGGAUAAAAAAAUCAUUUAAACUACCUCUAGUUCCUAAUUAAAAAAUGAUUCAGAAUAAUAAUAAAGUUCGUAAACAUAAUAAAGUGAUAAAAAAACUUAGAAUGUAACACCUAGUUAGACAUAACUUUAACCAAGUAUAGAAUAAACAACAAAAUAAACUUUGGAAAUAAAAAUAAUAAAAAAAGCAUAGCCAUAAGAAUUGAUGAAUGAAACAUAGAAAAAAAGAUUGAAACCAGAUGACAAUUAUGAAUAAAGAUUUUGUUAGAUGAAAUGUGAAAUGUAAAGUUUUUUAAGUUACUGGAUUAUGAAACUCAAAUCUUCAGUCACUGAAACAUAAUAGAUGGUUGAACAAUUAGAAAAAUUUAAAUUAUGA